CGAGCUGGCAUGUUAUUCACGGCAUAAAUAUUUUCAUCAUGAAUUCAAGCGAUGGAUUAUCAGAUGAUGAAGAAAAGAUUACUGUUUUGUCUUGGAUCUACGUCUCGACUUUGAGUUUAAGUCUGAUAGGUAGUUUUUCUGUCAUGGUGGUUUCCGUAAUAAAGAGAAGGCAUCUCAAUGAACAGGCAAAGCCUCUUCUUCAGCUGGCGCUGGCAGAUUUCCUGGCAUCACUUGUGUUGAUGAUCACCACCAUAAGUAAUUUAACCAAUGAAAUUUGGCCGUUCAGUAAAGAGAUGUGCAACCUCGGAUUGCCUUUGUCUUUGGCCUUCUACUGCAUCUCGUUUCUGCUUGUCAUCAUUUAUGCCUACGAGUCAGCACAUGCGUUUCAAGGAUGGAGAGAAAAACCAGUGCAGGAAGCUUUUGAAACCCAGUUAACACAGUUAUCACGCAGAAGGAGGAAAUUUUGUCUGACCUAUGUUAUUGUGUGGCUUGUACCAAUAAUUGGAUACUUCAUCUAUAUUCAUACCGUCAGUUAUAUUGAAGCUACUAUUGCACCAGAAGAGAUACCAACACUGACAACCAUCAGCAGAGAUCCCGUCAGGUUCUGCAACAGCUGCAUUCUCUUCCUGCGUCUCAUAAAUGAAUCCUGCAUAACAGUGGAUCCAGGUCAUGCUAAGUUCAUUCAAAUUUUCACAUUGAGCAAUGUGUUGAUCGUCAUCAUCAUCUGCACAGUGUUCUACUGUAAGUUAGAGAGCUCUUUUAGGCAUUAUGAGAACACAAGGAUGAUAACAAUGAUACAGGGACAUCCAGGUGGGAUUUGGUCCUCGGCUCGAUACAUGAUCCUUGUUGUCAUUUUCUGUUGGGCACCAGCGCUGCUUCUCAUUUGUCUGUCUUUCACACAACCUAAGAUAAAAUAUAUCUUCCCUCUCUAUGUCACUCAGGCGCUGUCAGUGUCACUCCAGGGUUUUCUGAACAGUAUUGUGUACGCAUGGAGACGACGCAAUUUCAGAGACGCUGUGCUUGGGGAACGUCUGCCUCUCAUGGCCUACUCUAACAGAGCCUUCUUUGACCAAUCAUUAAAUGAGCCAUCAUGAAAUCACAGUAUGAAAUCAUGUACAUGUUAUGUGUGUAUAAAAUACAAGUUUUCUUUUACAAAAAUGUUUGCUUAAAUGAUUUCUUUUUA